AUGGGUGUGUACUUGGGGGCAUGUGCUACUGGGUCUGAUGAACCUGGUCCAGAGGGCCUCACCUCUACCUCCCUGCUGGACCUCCUGCUGCCCACUGGCCUAGAACCACUGGACUCAGAGGAGCCCAGUGAGGCCAUGGGACUAGGAGCUGGCCUGGGAGCCCCUGGCUCUGGCUUCCCCAGUGAAGAGAGUGAGGAGUCCCGGAUUCUGCAACCACCACAGUACUUCUGGGAAGAGGAGGAGGAGCUGAAUGACUCAAGCCUGGACCUGGGUCCCACUGCAGACUAUGUUUUUCCUGACUUAACCGAGAAGGCAGGUCCAAUAGAAGACAAAAGCCAGGCUCAAGAGGUGCCAAGCCCCGCUUCUCCCUUGCCCAAGAUGAAUCUGGUUGAACCACCUUGGCAUAUGUUUCCUGAAGAAGAGGAAGAAGAAGAGGAUGAAGAAGAAGAGGAGGAAAGGGAAAAGGAAGAGGCUGAGAAGGAAGAAGAGGAGGAAGAAGAGGAGCUGCUCCCUGUGACUGGAUCCCAAGAAGAAGCCAAAACUCAGGCCCGUGACUUUUCUCCUACCAGCAUUAGUCAGACUCUUGGGUCCAUCAGACACAGGCAAGAGGAUUUUGGGGACCAGGCCUCUUCGGGUGUGGAGGUGGAAAGCAGCAUGGAGCCAAACUUGUCACUGUUCUCAAUCACCCCAAGCACAGCAACCCUGGGGAAUCAGGACUUUACCAGCCCAGAGGCAGAGGGCACAGUGCUGCCAACUGCGGAGCUUGGGGCAGAGUUUGAGGCUCCUCAGGAAGUAGGUAAGGAGGCCACUGUGGGAGCAGCUGGAUUGGCUGGCAAACAUGGAGAGAUGCCGCCCUUUCUGCAAACAGAGGCUCCAAGUGGGGCUGAGACUCCAGAAGAAGAUCAGCUUCAUCACAGAACCUUAUUCCCUUCCUCACUGUCUCCCCAAGACCUGGAACUGACACCUUCCUCUGCUACCUUGGGGCAAGAAGACCUGAACCAGAAGCUCCAGGAAGGGCAGGCAGCUGAAGCUCAUUCUAGAAUACCCUGGGAUUCUACUCAGGUGAUCUGCAAAGACUGGAGCAACCUGGCAGGGAAAAACUACAUCAUUCUGAACAUGACAGAGAAUAUAGACUGUGAGGUGUUCCGGCAGCACCGAGGGCUGCAGCUCCUGGCCCUGGUAGAGGAGGUACUGCCCCGCCAUGGCAGUGGCCACCAUGGGGAUUGGCACAUCUCCCUGAGCAAACCCAGCGAGAAGGAGCAGCACCUGCUAAUGACCUUGGUGGGCGAGCAGGGGGUGGUACCCACUCAAGAUGUCCUUUCCAUGUUGGGAGACAUCCGCAGGAGCCUGGUGGAGAUCGGCAUCCAGAACUAUUCCACAACAAGCAGUUGCCAGGCACGGCCCAGCCAGGUGCGCAGUGACUAUGGGACGCUCUUUGUGGUGCUGGUGGUCAUCGGUGCCAUCUGUGUCAUCAUCAUUGUGCUCGGCCUGUUGUACAACUGCUGGCAGCGCCGGCUGCCCAAGCUUAAGCAUGUGUCGCAUGGCGAGGAGCUGCGCUUCGUUGAGAACGGCUGCCACGACAAUCCCACGCUGGACGUGGCCAGCGACAGCCAGUCGGAGAUGCAGGAGAAGCAGCCCAGCCUGAACGGCGGCGGGGCCGUCAACGGCCCAGGGGGCUGGAGCACGCUCAUGGGGGGCAAGCGGGACCCCGAGGACUCAGACGUGUUUGAGGAAGACACGCACCUGUGAGGCGCCCAGGCCCGAAUGCGGAAAGUGGGCCG